AUGAACAACUCCCGCCACCACGCUCGGGUCUUCUACGACUUCACCCGCCGGCCAUUCGCUCUCGAGGUCCUGGGGAAAAAUGGAUGUUUGGUGGAAGGCGUCCUCCACCUGCCAGGGAACCCUCUCGUGAAGCUCGAUUCGCAGGAUCUGCUGCAAAUCGGGGACAAGGAAUUCUACUUUCUGCUCCCGGUGAGGAGCAUUUUAGGCGAGGCGUUAGGGCCUAGGCAUCACGUGCCUGUGGUGCCCCCGCCGCCGCAGUACGGGUAUCAUGGGGCGGAGAGGGCUUUGCUGCCGACUGCUGGCGGUGGUGCCGGGAAGAAAGGGAGACGGAAUGGUAGUCAUUUUUUCCGUAGUGAUUUUUUUUAA